AUGUCUAUAUUAAAAAAAUUAGCUAUGCAUUCAGGUCAAUUCAAUCUUCAUUAUAUUUCGGAUCGAGAUGAUCAAAUUCAAAUUGAAAAUUUAAUUAAUAAUGAUGAUGAUGAUGCACCACGGUUAAUGUGGUUAAAACAACAACCCAGUAUUGAUGUUAUAUAUGAAUAUAAGAAUUCAAUCGAUAAUAAACAAACAACUUUGAUUGUAGGAAUCAAAACUAAAGAAUUAUUUUCAUUGAUUCGGAACUGUACAAAUUUUGAAUCUGAUGGUUCAAUGACAAUUGUUCAAAUUUUUGAUUAUUUUGAAUAG